GUUUUUCGUGUUUCAUUCUUCAUUUUAUUAAUUUGUGUUGUUUUUUUUUUUUGUUUUUUUUUUUUUUUUUGUUUGAAUUGUCGUCUUCGUUGAUGGAUCCUCAGGCCGACAUUGGUCUCGGUUCGGUGAUCAACUCUGCUGCCCUCGGCUCGGCUCACCCCGCGCUUGUUGCCGCGCACGCUGUGGUGGCUCAGCACCACCCCUCGGCUGCGUCUGGCAGCGGUGGCGGCGAGCACGUCAAGCUGUUUGUCGGCCAAGUGCCGCGCACGAUGGAAGAGAAGGAUCUUCGCCCGGUUUUCGAGGAGUUUGGCCCCGUUGUCGAGCUCACCAUCCUCAAGGAUCGCUUCAACGGCCUCCACAAGGGCUGUGCUUUCCUGACCUACGCGUCUCGCGAGAGCGCUCAGCUUGCCAUGGCUGCCCUGCACGGCGUCCGCGUUCUCCAGGGCAUGGCUCACCCGCUUCAGGUCAAGCCUGCCGAUCGCGAGGAGAAGGCUGAGGCCCGCAAGCUCUUCCUCGGCAUGAUCUCCCGCACCGCUUCGGAAGACGAGCUGCGCAAGGUGUUUGAAAUGUACGGCGACAUUGAGGACAUUGCCGUCCUCCGCCAACCCGACGGCACCAGCAAGGGCUGCGCCUUCAUCAAGUACCGCUGGCGCGAGCAGGCUGUCGCUGCCAUCUCUGCGCUCCACGGCCGCAUUAGCAUGGACGGCUGCCCUGCCCCUCUGAUUGUCAAGUUCGCCGACACUGAUCGCGAGCGCAUGCAAAAGAAGGCCCAGAAGCACCUGAUGCACAGCGGCCACCACCACAUGGGCCCGUACGGCGCGAUGGGCGGCAUGGCUGGCAUGAACGGCUUUGCUGGCGCUGCUGGCAACCCCGGCUUUGGCGGUCACCACCACCACCAUCCCCACCACCCCCACCACUUUGGCGACCCGAGCAGCGCGGCUACUGGCUACAACAACUUCUUCUCCCAGCACCCUUCGCAGCCCGAGCUCGCCCAGUACAGCAUGGCCCAGUACGCCAACGCCUUCCCCGGCGCGUACGGCCAGAACGUCUUCCCCGGCGGCCCCAACGGCCCUGCUGCCCCCAACGGCGGCCUCGUUGGCGCCGGUGGCCUUGCUGGCCUCGGUGCUGGUGCCGGUGUCGGCAACGCUGGCGCCGCUGGCCUCGCUGGCCUCCCUUCGUCCGGCCUCUCCAAGUCGAGCGCCGGUCCCGAGGGCGCCAACCUGUUCAUCUACCACCUCCCCAACGAGUUUGGUGACGUUGAGCUUGCCAACGCCUUCAUGACCUACGGCACCGUCAUCUCCGCCAAGGUCUAUGUUGACAAGGCGACCAACCAGAGCAAGUGCUUUGGCUUUGUGUCCUUUGACAACCCCGCUGCCGCCCAGGCCGCCAUUCAGUCGAUGGAUGGCUACCAAAUCGGCAACAAGCGUCUGAAGGUCCAGCUCAAGCGCUCGCGUGACCCCAUGCCCAAUCGCUUUUAAGAAUUUAUGAGUGUCGCCUGCUGCUCACCCUUUCUUUUCCUUUCCUUCCUUUUCCUUUUCCUUUUCCUUUCCUUUCCUUUCCUUUCCUUUCCCUGUCUUCUUUUGUUCUUGUCUAAAACGCGUGCUCG